AUGGCAUCGAUGAAGUUUGAUCUACCGUUGCUGGAUUACAAGGCAAGAUUUGCGCUAUGGCAAGUCAAGAUGUGGGUGAUUCUGGCACAAUUUUCGGAUCUUGAUGAGGCGUUGGAUGGUUUCGGAGGCAAAGGUUCGUUUGCAAAUUUCCGAGAUACCAUAAUAUUAAGCCGUGAUGAAUUAACCCUUGCGGAAGUAUAUGAGGCCCUCCAGACGAGGGAGAAGAUGAAAGGUAUGGUUCAGUCUGAUGUGUCAUCCUCCAAGGGCGAAGUGUUGCAGUUAUAUGUUCUUAGAGGAAGUACUUUACAUGGUUUCGUCACUGCUGCUGCUGUUUCUAAUGAUGAACCAAGUAAAACUAAUCUCUGGCAUAUGCGUCUUGGGCAUAUGAGUGAACUUGGUAUGGCAGAAUUGAUCAAGAGAGACCUGCUGGAUAGCUGCACUGUGGGUAAGAUGAAGUUCUAUGAGCACUGUGUUUUUGGUAAGCAUAAGAGGGUAAAAUUCAAUGUAUCUGUUCAUAUCACCAAAGUUAAAGGAUAUGAGUUAUGGAAUCCUGAAACAAAAAAGACUUUCAUGAGCAGGAGUGUUGUUUUCAAUGAAUAUGUUAUGUUUAAUGACAGCUUGUCCACAGAUGUUUCUCCAGUUGGUUCUGAUGAGGAGCAGCAACAUGUUAGUGUGCAGGUGGAGCACGUAGAUGAUCAGGAAACUGAAAUUGUUGAUAAUAAUGCUUAUGAUAUUGUUCAGCACUCACCUACUGUUUUGCAGCCUCAAAAUCAGUCUAUUACAGAUCGCAGAACAAAGAGGAAUUGUGGCCCUCGUCCAUGUUUAAUUGAGGAAUGUGAUAUGGUUCAUUAUGCUUUUAGUUGUGCUGAACAGGUGGAAAACAUUCAUGAGCCGGCUACGUACACUGAAGCUAUUGUUUCUGGUGACCGCGAGAAGUGGAUUUCCGCUAUGCAAGAGGAGAUGCAGUCACUCGAGAAAAAUGGCACAUGGGAUGUUGUGCGCUUGCCUAAACAAAAGAAGGCUAUUCAGUGGAUUUUCAGGUACCUUCGUGGCGUAACAAAUGCUUGUUUGAAGUUUGGCAGGACCGAGAAGGGACUCUAUGGCUAUGUGGAUUUAGAUUUUACUGUCGAUUUAGAUAAGAGGAGAUCUCUCACAGGUUAUGUGUUCACUGUUGGUGGUUGUGCUGUGAGCUGGAGGGCAACAUUGCAGCCUGUUGUUGCCUUGUCUACCAUUGAAACAUAA